AAAUUGGUAGCGUCUUACGAGUCUCGGAGGAAAUCGACAUACGGCUAAAAAAAAUGAUAUUAAUCACAAAAUUUUAUUUGCUUUCUCUAUGGGCCAUAUAGAACAUUAUCGGCUUCGUACGGCCCAAUCUUUUAUUUUAAGACCAUUGAAAUACAUGGGCUUUUGGUUAGGCCCGUAUGUUGUCUUCUUCCUCUCUGCGUCCCCGUCUCUCUCAAAAUAUAGGGUUUAAGCUUCCAUUUCUGCGAUUCUCUUCACCGAUUCCGCAAACCAUGCAGACCCUUAAACGCAUAGCAACACAGACCGAGCUCCACCGACUCUCGUCCACAAUCACCAAAACCCAAUUCAUUUCAGCCGCCAAUCUCCGAGCCUUCUCCUCCAACUCAAAGAAAGGCGGCGGCGGCGGCGACGACGACUGGAACGACGCGUGGGAGACGGCGUGGCUCCCACCCGACCUCUCGGGAAACAACAGCAGAGCUCCAUGGGAGACCGACGUCAAUUUCUCGUCUCCCGAGUCGAGCAUCGUGCUUCCGUCGGACGCCGACCCCGAGACGAAGGCGUUCGUGGAGGACAUGAACGAGAAUUGGAACGAGAGGCGGAAACCCAAAGAGGAAUGGAAGCAGAAUCAGCAGAGCGAGAGUGGGUCGUCGCUUUAUAGCUUGGAGAGCUUGAAGAAGGACUAUCGGGUGAAGAAACAGAGGAUUCACGCUGGGCUUUGGAUGAAGGAGAUUGAGAAGCAGGAGGAGGCUAAAUUGGUCGACUCGAAUUCGUUUGGCGGUGGCGACGACAUCGAGCGAUUGCUUGAUAGUUGCUCUGACAUUUUUGACUCCCCUAACAACGAUUUGGAGAACUCUAAAGCACCGAGUGCUUCUGACUACAAAAACAAACCUGAUGGUUGGGAAACUACAUCUAAGCCUCAGGAGGGAAAUAUAUGGGAGAUGACGCAAAGAGAAGAAGACAUUCUUCUUCAAGAGUUUGAGCGUCGGAUUGCAUACAAUAAAUUUCAGAUUGCUAGUUUUAUCAAGACUCACAUAUUUAGCCGGAGGAGACCAAUUGAUGGGUGGAAAUACAUGAUAGAGGAGUUAGGGCCAAAUGCGAGGAAAGGAAAGGGUUCUGUUUCAAGGCUACCAAGUCUAUCCGAUGCGUCAACCCAACCCUUCAAGGAGGAGAAGACUCCGAUGAGCAGCGGCAGUCUUUCCCCCUAUAAGGAAAGGUAGUUUGGUCUUGGGCCACUUUCAUACAUUCCGUUUCUGCCUACGGGAGAUAUCAGCACCGAAUGUAUUCCUAGUUACCGUAUCACUUAUUGCAAGUUUUGAUAUCCGGCUGUCUCAUAGUACGACGGUACCAUCCUUUAGGCAACUGAAAGUGCAAUUAGUGCAAGUGAAUAUAUGCCAAGAUCCUAUUGCCCACAUUUUCGCUAAAAUUGAUCGACUACCAACGAGAGAAACUUACAAGCAUGCAAGUUUUAUGGUCGGUGGAGUUCAAGACCGGUCGGGAGACCAAGAUGACAUUAUCCCAAACUAUGUACGUGAUGACAUGUGAGUGAGUUAAAAAAAAAAAAAAAAGUGUGGUAGUCACUAGAUAUUGUCGUCCGAGUAUUCUCGUUGCAUGUAAGUUUUUCGCCGGUGUAAAGUUACAUCAAAAAAAGAUUUUGUGGUCGUCACUAGAUACUAUCAUCUUGGUAUUCCAAUUGUAUGUAAGUUUUUUGUCGGGGCAAGUUACAACAAAAAAAAAGUGCACGUGACAGUUACUAGAUA